AUGUUGCUGUAAUGUUUUCCUAUUCAUGUCAUUUCACGUUUGAGGUCCUUCUCUGUGUCAGAGUUUACAACAGGCUAGUCCAGAAGAAGGAGAAAAAUAUUUUUUUUGACCUGAAAAUUUCCUUACUUGUGGUCAGAAGUGUGUGAACUUGGCUUGUAAGAAAUCAAAAUCAAUGAAGUCAGUUGUAAGAAAUUAUUAGUGAUAGUGAGGCUAGAUGUGCAGACUUUACAAGUGAAAAUGGUAGAAAUAUUGAAUCUUUAUAUUUUGAUAGUAAAGAAAUCAGCUCAGUACUGGAAAGUGUAAACAUGAAAUGGCAAUUGGAGAAGGCUUUGUUAAUUUACUGCUGAAAACGCAAAUUUAUGUAUGUUUGCUUAAUUGCUUCACUUUGUAUUUUCAAGGUUACAGAUUACAAUUCAAUUAAUAUCAAAGUAUCCCAUGAGUCUUCCUAGCAGUGAGCUACCUCCCUUACUCAGUGUACUUCACCAGUUACUGCCUCAGCAGCGCCGAGGAGAGAGGACCCCAUACGUGCUUAAGUGUCUCACAGAGGUAGCUUUGUGCCAAAACCAGAAAACUGAUUUGAAAAGCACCCACAAGUUGGAGCUCCAGAGAACCUGGGCAAAGAUUUGGACUCUUAUCAUUCGCAGCGUAAACUUCCAGCAAAUCGAAGUGGAGAGCUUUGGGCUGCUUGGAGCUAUGAUUCAAGGAAACCUUGUUGUAACAGAUAAAGAACUCUGGAAGAUCUUUUCAGGACCUGCAUGCAAGCCUUCAAGUUCUUCUGUAUGUUGUUUAUCAUUAGUGAUGUCUGCCUAUUCAGUGCCAGAAAAUUUGGACACAGGAAUAGAACAUAAUUCUGAAAGAAAUCUGGAUUCCGCAUUAAGGGAGGCAAUAAUGAAAUGGGUCCUGUCCUGCAAUUUGGAGGAAGAGAUAGAAGAAUGUGCAGAAUUGCCUCCUGUACUCUGCAGUGAUUUUCCUCAUCUUGUAUUACAAAAAAUUCUUGUGAGUCUCACAAUGAAGAACUGUAGAGCUGCUAUGAACUUCUUCCAAAAUGAUGCUAAAUGUGAGCAACAUGUGCAGGGUAAAGAAGAAAACAGUUUUUCUGAUGUCGAAGAGCUGUACCUGCAGACAACAUUUGAUGAAAUGGAUAUUUUCACUAACUUUGCAGUAAAUGUUGCAGAUAAAAAUGUGAUGGGUUCAAGACUUGCCAUCAACCAAAAUCUUAGGGAAACACUGGAGAACUGCCUUUUAGCAAUGUCAGAAAAGCUUUUAAGCAGUUGUGCUCCUAAGUCUAAGGUUCUUUCUGCUGAACACCUUGUCCGAUGUGUCAGUCUCCUGGUUGGUGUUCUUGGCUGCUAUUGCUACACUGGUAUAUUUAAAGAAGAGGAUGCCUGUAAAUCAGAGUUGUUUCAGAAUGCUAAGUCUCUUAUUCACUAUGCUGGAGAAAGCAUUUCUCAGUCAAAAAACAAACUAAAUGAAGAUAACCAGAUCAACUCACUGAGGACUUUGAUAAUGCAGUGUACAAAAUGUUUGUGCAAUUGUACCAAGAACAGUGCUAAUAAGAUAUUGUCUAAUAUAUUCCUACGCUUGUUAACAUCAAAAUUUAUGAACGAUCUCAUAGAUAUUUGCAAAAAUCUCAUGACAGCUACUGGAAAACCAAGUGUACUGGGAGAAAUGGAUCUCAGGAAUGAUCCUGAGGAGAGUAUAGUGGAAGUAGAUAACCAGGUAUCUGAUGAUCUAUUCGAUAAUCAUUCAGUGACUGACAUCAGUGAUACAAAUGAAUCUGGGGAUAUGCAAACUGUAACAGGUGCUUUGAGCCCAUUAGCUGAGGAACAGUUGACAAAGCAGGAUUUACUUCUCCUUGAAAUUGUGAGGUUCCUAUGUAUUUCUGUAACUACAGUCCAAAUUCAGACAGUGAGCUUCCGAGCCUCUGACAUACGGCAGAAGCUGUUAAUGCUUACCGAUGGCAGUGUCUUUGAUAGCACUAAGCCAUUACAUCUGCACAUGUACUUGGUUCUUUUGAAGGAGCUCCCUACUGAAGAACACCUCUUGCCUGCAAUGGAUGCAGAUAUACUUCUGAAACCUCUUUCUACCGUGUGUUCUUUGUACCGUCGAGAUCAAGAAGUUUGUAAAGAAAUUCUGAAUAAUUUGCUCCCUAUAGCAGUAGGAUUGGCCCAGUCCGAUGCACAUGCUGAAGAGACAGGGAGUGCCAGAGGACAAUUUUUGACAGUUGUUGGAGCCUUUUGGCAUUUAUCUCAAGGAGGGAAGUGCACUGCAUCAGUAAGAGUGGCCCUUUUAAACUGCAUGAAAGCCCUGCUUGAGGCCGAUCCUUAUUGCAACUGGGCAAUCCUUAAUGUGAGAAAUGAAGAUCUACCUGUGAAUGAUGCCUUCCCACAUUUCCUUGCAGACAGUCACCAUCAAGUUCGCAUUCUUGCUGCAAAGUCAAUUAUCAGGUGA